AUGCGAGACCCAAUGGGUAUAUUAGGACAUUCAAUUGAAACAUAUUUAUGGGGAGAUAGUCGUUCGCGUCAUACAUUUUUAAUAGCAUGCACUGAUGAACAUCCUAUGGUAUUAAUUGAAAUCGAUGUUGGUGAUGCUGCAAAUGGUAUUCAUAAAAGUAUGAAAUUAAAUAUUAUUGAAUUAGAUGACGUACCUGAUUCAAUAUGUAAAAUUGAAUUCAUUGGUGAAACAACCUCACCAACAGCAUUCGAACAUCUUAUUCGAUCAGCACAUGAUUAUGUAAAGAAACAUCCAUAUUAUCAUGUACUAUUAAAUAAUUGUCGAACAUUUGUUGAAUAUCUUAUUGAUCAAAUACCAGAGUUUUUCACUUCUAUACCACGUAGAAAUGGUUCUAUACUUGAAUAUUAUCAUGCACAAGCUAAAGAAGAAAAUCCAGGGACAAUUAUCAGAAGUAAACAAUCUUUGAAAGAUAUAUUUGUUUUACACGAAAAAAACAGACAAUAUAAAUACGUUAGUGGAUUAGUAUUACACAUUGAAUUACCUAAAUUUGAUAAUUAUGAUGAUAUUCCAAUCAUUUAUACACGACUUUGA